AGUCAUUUCUUGAUAACUACAGGAAGAAGAUACGUUUAUGUUUCUGAAGCUCAAGAAGAAAAGAGAGACCGAGAGAAACGAUGGCUGAAAACAGAUUAAUGAAAAUGUUUUUUAUACUUCUGCUUCAGUUUGCAGGAGCUCUGAGUGCAGGUCUUUUUCUCUCCUUCACUGUCAGAGAUGGAGAUGAAGUCACGUUGCCUUGUGGAAAUGUGAUCAGAAAUCAUCAGAACUGUGACACUACCACCUGGAUCUUCAGUGACUCAAGAAGGACAUCAGCAGUAGAGCUAGUUAAUCUUGGACAGAUCAGAGAAAAAGCCAAAUCAAACAGACUGAGUGUUACAGCAGACUGCUCACUGAUUAUAAAGAAGGUCACAGUUGAGGAUGUUGGCCGUUACACCUGCAGACAGUUUAGGGGCAGUCCACGAAGACAGGAAGGUCAGGAUGCUGUGGUUCUUCUGUCUGUUGUCAUCAUGACUGAACAGAAGAAAGCUGAUCAGGUGACUUUAAGCUGCUCUGUGAGCAUUUAUGAACGCUGUAAACACAGAGUGAAGUGGAUCCAUAACAGUGAAGAUCUGAAUAGAGCUUACUCAGAUAUAAAAACAUCACAGUCUUCUUGCUCUGCUACUGUGACCUUUCUGAACCAUAACACUCACAUAUCAAGUUAUGACUUUAACUGCAGCGUAACAACAGAAGAUAACAAAGAGCAGCUUUUUCCCUUCAGCCCUCGUUCAUCAGGUGGAGACACAUCAUCAUCAUCAUCAUCAUCAUCAUCAUCAUCAUUAUCAACAUCAUCACCAUCAUCAAUAACAACAUCAUCAACAAUAACAGUAACAUUAGAUAACCACCAGACUUUAAACGGUCCGGUGUGGCCGUACAUCCUUGCAGCUGUUAUUUUAGUCGCACUUUUAAUCAUUGCUGUGAUAUUAAUGAGAUUAAAGAGACUCAAAGCAAACAAAACUAAAGGAAAUGCUGGCCUGAACUCAAACCCUGCAGUCACUCAGUGUACAUCAGAAACUACCCAGGAAACGGCGGAGCCUGAAGAUGGUGUUUCCUACGCCUCCAUCAGCUACACCAAGAACCCCCACAGUGGAAACAAAGGUAAACACGAUGAUGAUGAAGGUGGGACAGUCACCUACUCCACUGUGAAAGCUGCCUCCACUGAGCCCAGCAGCCUCUAUGCUACCAUCAAGUAAACAAAAAGGAAGCUCAAACAUCAGGUCAUUGCUCUGUGGAAAAGCUUCUCAUCUAUAAGAAAAGCAAUAACUCAGCUUUGUG